CAGUCUGUGGGACCUUGUGCUACAAUUCUGCCCCCGUCCCCACACACACAUACACACACCGGCGCCGAGCGGCGCUGGCCCGCUGUCUCCCUCAUCCUCCUAUCCCGAGGCGGGCUGGUAUUUGUACCCUCCCCAUACGUUCACACCAGCAUAGAGAGCCGAGCCCAGAUCCCACCCCUUCCAGUACAGAGCCGGCACUCCAACCGAGCCAGUCUAGAGACACAGUCUUUUAAAUAUAUAUUUAGAUAUAUUUAUAGGUGGAUAGGGGGGGGUGGGAGGGAAAAAAAACCUCAACAAUCCCAGUGUUGCAUUCGUUGCAUUGUUUUUUUAAUGAAGAAGAAUUGCUUUUUAAAAGAAAACUCAAUGUGAGUCUUGCUCCUGUCGGGACCGUCAACGACUCUUAGUCUUUGGAAGAUUUAUUAUAAAAGCUUGCAAGCAGAAAAAAAAACGGCAUGCUGGAUUUUAAAAGGAUUUAUCACCUUAUCGUGCUGUCAACUUUCUUGAUUCAGGUUACGUUUGCAAAGGGCUAUUUCGAGAUCAAGUUUAACUUCGUGCAAAACGUUAACGGUGAAUUGGAGAACGGGGAUUGCUGCGACGGCGUCAGAAAUUCCCUGGAUCGGAGAUGCACCAAAGACGAGUGUGACACCUAUUUUAAAAUUUGUUUGAAAGAAUAUCAGGCACGCAUCGCCACUUCUGGAGAGUGUACUUUUGGGAGUGGAUUAAGCCCUGAGCUGGGGAAAAAUACUUUUUCUCUCCCGGAGAAAAGCGCACUUGGAAAAAUAGUUAUCCCCUUUUAUUUUGCGUGGCCGAGAUCAUAUACGUUAAUUCUGGAAGCCUGGGAUCUGGACAAUGCAACAUCUGGUGAAGGGCAGCUCAUCGAGCGGAGUGCUCAGACAGGGAUGAUCAACCCAGGAGGUUCAUGGAUGACUUUCCAGCACAACGGGGCGGUGGCCCACUUUGAGUACGGCAUUCGGGUGAGGUGUGAAGACCACUACUACGGCACCGGCUGCAAGAAGCUCUGCCGGCCCCGCGAUGACUUCUUCGGCCACUCGCUGUGCGACCAGAAUGGGAACAAGAUCUGUAUGGAAGGCUGGAUGGGCGAUGAGUGCAAGAAAGCUAUAUGUAAGCAGGGCUGUCAUUCGAUCCAUGGAGAAUGCGUUGUUCCUGGGGAAUGCACGUGCUUGUAUGGAUGGCAGGGACAGUUCUGUGACGAGUGUAUCCCAUACCCAGGCUGUGUCCACGGGACGUGUGUGGAGCCGUGGAAGUGUAACUGCGAAACCAACUGGGGAGGUCUGCUGUGUGACAAAGACUUGAAUUACUGUGGGACGCACCACCCCUGCAUCAAUGGAGGGACUUGCAUGAACACUGAACCCGAUGAAUACCAGUGCGCAUGUCCCGAAGGAUAUUCUGGCAAGACCUGCGAGAUCGCCGAGCAUGCGUGUGUAUCCAACCCGUGUGCAAAUGGGGGCACCUGCCACGAGAUCCCCACCGGCUUUGAGUGCCAGUGCCCUGCGGGGUGGAAUGGGAACACCUGUGCCAUCGAUAUCGAUGACUGUGCAUCUACUCCGUGUGCCCACAGUGGAACCUGCAUUGAUCGUAUCAAUGGGUUUGAGUGCAUCUGCCCGGGGCAGUGGAUCGGGAAGACCUGUCAGCUGGAUGCUAAUGAAUGUGAGGUGGAGCCUUGCGUUAACUCUUACCCUUGUAGAAAUUUGAUUGGUGGAUAUUACUGUGACUGCCUCCCAGGAUGGUCUGGACAGAACUGUGAUCUACACACUGAGAACUGCCACGGACAAUGCCAGAAUGGAGCCGCGUGCAAGCCGGACGGCGUGCACGGUUACCAGUGUGUCUGCCCGCGUGGGGUUGUCGGCAGGAACUGCGAGAUUGACAUCAACGAGUGUGCCAGUCAGCCCUGUGUGAAUAAGGGUUGGUGUCAGGACCUGCUGGGGGGCUUCCACUGUCAGUGCGAGCGUGGUCACACCGGGACUUUCUGCGAGAAGAAGAUCAACUACUGUGAUCCCAGCCCCUGUCAGAACCACGCCAAGUGCUACGUGCUGGGUAACGAUUACUACUGCGCCUGUCCGGAGGACUACGAGGGGAAGAACUGCUCACUGCUCAAGGAUCACUGCCGAUCUGUGCCCUGUCGAGUCAUUGACAGCUGCACAGUGGCCAUCUCCAGCAACAGCAGUCAGGACGGCUUCCGCUACAUCUCGUCCAAUGUCUGCGGCCCCCAAGGCACCUGCAUCAGCCAGCCGGCAGGGAACUUCACCUGUGCCUGCAACCGCGGCUUCACCGGCACCUAUUGCCACGAAAAUAUCAACGACUGCACUCAGAACCAGUGCAAAAAUGGAGGCACGUGUAUUGAUGGAGUGGACUCCUUUGCUUGUAUCUGUCCUGAUGGAUGGGAGAGCGUGUUGUGUGAGAUUGACUUCAACAAUUGCAACCCUAACCCCUGUCUCAACGGAGGCCACUGUGCGGACAGACUGAACGACUUCCACUGCGACUGCACCAACAACUGGAAGGGGAAGACCUGCCACUCCAGGGAGAGCCAGUGCGAUGAGCGGACGUGUAGUAACGGGGGCACCUGCCACGACGUGGGAGACACCUUCCGAUGUGCCUGCCCUCCAGAGUGGGCUGGCUCCACCUGCAAUCUCGUUAAGGACAGCAGUUGCAUCCCGAAUCGUUGCCAGAAUGGUGGGACGUGUGUGGGAAGUGGCGACUCCUACACCUGCGUGUGUAAAGAGGGAUGGGAAGGACAGAGCUGCACGCAGAAUAAGAACGACUGCAACCCUCAUCCAUGCUACAAUGGAGGCAUCUGCGUGGACGGUGUGAAUUGGUUUCGGUGUGAAUGCGCUCCAGGCUUUGCCGGGCCCGACUGCCGAAUCAACAUCAAUGAAUGCCAGUCAUCCCCUUGUGUUUAUGGAGCUACUUGUGUCGAUGAGAUAAAUGGCUACAGGUGCAUCUGUCCUGCAGGAAGAGCAGGUCACAGAUGCCAAGAAGUUAUUGGAUUUGGCAAGUCGUGUUUCAUGUCGGGACAGUUCCAUCCUCACGGACUGCGAUGGGAUCAAGAGUGCAACACCUGCCAGUGUUUGAACGGCAACAUCAACUGCACAAAGGUGUGGUGCGGCCAGAAGUCUUGCCUGUUGCACGAUCUGCCGGGUCAUGAGAACUUCCUUUGCCCGGAGGGGCAGGUGUGCCGGAUCAGCCCCUGGAUGAAGUGCUUCUCCCCUCCUUGCACCGACUGGGGAGUGUGUAACCCCACCAACACUCUGCCCGUCCACGCCAAAUGCCAGCCGGACAGCGGGCAACUGGACAACAACUGCGCCAAGAUCACCCUACUCUUCAACAAGGAGAAGGUGCCAAAGGGCAUCACGGUGGAAUACAUCUGCUCGGAGCUGCGGUACCUCCCGGUGCUGCGUGGCCUGUCCACCGAGCGGCCCUUGUUUGUGUUGUGCGACCUCACCAACACCAGCGACAAUGCGGUGGAAGUGGCCAUGUCGUUUGCUGAGCAAACAGGGGCCCAGGGCCAGGAUGAGGCGCUGAUUCGUGAGGCCGUGACUAAGAUGGUGGACAGCAUCACCAAGCGGAAUAACAGCACCGUGAUGCUGGCGGUCAUCGAGGUGAAGAUAGAGACGGCGUAUGUUCCUCUCUCCCAGCCAGGGUACCUGGUGCCGGCGCUGAGCGUUUCCUUCGGCAUGGUCUGGCUGAUCUGCAUCAUCAUCUGCGUGUGGUGGACGAGGAAGAGGCGUAAAGAGCGGGAGAGAAGCCGCCCGCCCAUGGAGGACACGGUCAACAAUCAGUGGGAGCCCCUCAAGCCCAUCAGGAACCCCAUUGACCACAAGGACAUUCAGUACGAAUGCAAGAACCUGAUGCCCCCCGGCGGACGGACUCUGGUGGUGGGCCAGGAGGGUGAGGAGGAGCCCGAUGUGGACAAGUACCCCACGCAGAGAUGUACAAUCACAUUCAUGCCUGCUAAAGGCGACCUUAAGUCCUCACAGUGUUCCCCAGCCAAGCAGCCACACCGGACAGGAAAGAGAGACAACCGCUGCGUGAAAAAUGUCAAUGCAGCAAUCCAUGAAGGAGGUAAGGACCUCUCUGUAUGAGUGAAGAAGGGGAGGGCGCUUUCAUGCCUACAGAUUUUUUUUCUUAAAACAAAAAAAAAGAGAGGGAGAGAGAAAGAAAGAGAGAAAAAAA